ACCGCACCGUGGCCAUCAACGUCGCUUCCAUGUUAGCCCAACAUCCCCAAUCACCGCCACUGACAUAAUGGGAGGAGAGAUGCACUUCUCCUCCCUCUCUUACCUCCUCCUCCUCCUCAUUUCCUUUCCCCUGUUUUCCCACGCCCAAGUUGACACCCCAAAGCCUCCUCCUUCCCCUUCUUCCUACACACCUCCUGAUAAUUACCUUAUCGAUUGUGGGUCAUCGGGGAAGACGGUUCUAGACGACGGAAGGACCUUCAAAUCUGAUUCUGAUACCAGCAAUUUCCUCAAAACCAAUGAAGACAUCGUAACUUCUGUUGAUCAAAACAUCCUCAGCGACACCGUUUCCAAUUCUUCAUCUCCCCUGUUUCGCUCUGCAAGGAUUUUUUCAGAAGUUUCUUUAUAUACAUUCAUUACCAAACCUGGUCGGCAUUGGGUUCGUCUCUACUUUUUUCCCCUUCCCCACCAACUUUACAACCUCACGGUCGCCAUUUUCACCGUCCAGACAGAGAAAUUCGUCCUGUUACAUGAGUUCUCGGUGAGAGAUAAUUCCAAGGGGGUUUUCAAGGAGUAUCUUGUUAAUACCACCGGAAGAUUCUCCCUCCAAUUCAAGCCGAAGAAGGGUUCUUGCGCCUUUGUAAACGCAAUCGAAGUCGUCUCUGCUCCCGAUCAGCUUAUCUCCGAUUCUGCAUCUUCGGUGCCACAGUGGAGAACCAUAAAUGGGAUAUCGAAUUAUGCUCUCCAGGUUUCUCUCCGAUUGAAUGUGGGAGGACCGGUGUUAUCUCCGAAGAAUGAUACAUUGUCGAGGACAUGGCUACCGGAUACCCCUUUCAAUGCGUUCCCGGAAGGGGCCAAGACGGUUAUGGGUUCUAAACCGAUCAUAUACCCAGAUGGCGGCGCGACACCGUUGAUUGCUCCGAAUUCGGUUUAUUCGACGGCGGAGGUAAUGGCGGAUUCUGAAACGACAAACCCCAAUUUCAAUCUCACUUGGGAGGUUAAUGUCGAACAGAGCUUCUCGUAUUUCAUCAGAAUGCAUUUCUGUGAUAUUGUGAGUCAAUCCCCCAAUGAUUUGUACUUCAAUGUGUAUAUAAACGGGAUGAUGGGCGUUUCGGGUCUCGAUCUAACAACGAAAACCGGUGGCCGCCUCAACGCGGCGUAUUACACGGAUUUAGUGCUCAACGCCACCGCCGUUACAAACGGUAGUAUCAAGAUUCAGGUAGGUCCGACUGUGGAUUCGAACCUACACAAGGCGAUCCUUAAUGGAUUGGAGGUUAUCAAGAUGAGUAAUGAAGCUGAUAGCCUGGACGGAUUGUUUGCCGUUGAUGGGUCGUAUAAAGGACCUGGACGGAUAAAAAUGAAGAUUGUCGCCGGAGUUGGACUUGCAAUGGGGGCAGUGGCGUUGCUGGGUCUGGCGAUCGUUUUUGUCAGGUGGAAGAAACGGCCAAAGGAUUGGAAGAAGAAACAGAGCUUCUCGUCAUGGUUGCUUCCCCUGCAUGCUUGCCAGAGUACUCGCGGUGGAUUCUUAUCCAGCAAGAGCAGCUCACGGCGGUCCAGCAUCUUCAGCUCCAGGAAGAGCAAGAGCACCCACUCCAGUUUUUUCACAGGUCUUGGCCGGUUCUUCACCGUCACCGAGUUAGAGCGCGCAACCCAGAAUUUUGACGAGAAAACAGUCAUCGGCGUUGGUGGGUUUGGGAAAGUGUACAUCGGAGCUCUCGAAGACGGCACCAAGGUUGCUAUUAAACGAGGAAGCAACGGAUCGGAGCAGGGUAUAAACGAAUUCCAAACGGAGAUUCAGAUGCUCUCCAAGCUCCGCCACCGUCACUUGGUUUCUCUGGUCGGAUUCUGCGACCAACAGCAAGAGAUGAUUCUGGUUUACGAGUACAUGGCCAACGGGCCUCUGCGUGACCAUAUCUACGGCUCGAACAAACCUACUCUGUCUUGGAAACAGAGGCUGGAAAUCUGCAUUGGCGCAGCUCGAGGAUUGCAUUACCUGCACACCGGAACAUCACAGGGAAUCAUACACAGGGAUGUGAAGACUACAAACAUUCUUCUUGAUGAAAAUUUCGUGGCAAAAGUCUCUGACUUCGGCCUGUCCAAGGAUGCACCGAUGGAUCAAGGUUAUGUAAGCACUGCCGUAAAAGGGAGCUUCGGAUACUUGGACCCUGAGUACUUCCGGCGGCAACAACUUACUGAGAAAUCAGAUGUAUACUCUUUCGGAGUGGUACUUUUUGAGGUUUUAUGCGCGAGGCCUGUUAUAUGCCCGAAGCUGCCGAAGGAGCAGGUGAGUUUGGCAGAUUGGGCAAUGCAUUGGCAACGGAAGGGCAUGAUCGAAAAGAUAAUUGAUCCUGCGAUAGCCCGAGCUGUUAGUUCUGAAUCCUUGAGGAAGUAUGUGGAGGCAGCUGAGAAGUGUUUGGCGGAACAUGGAGUUGAUAGGCCUGGCAUGGGAGAUGUGCUGUGGAACUUGGAGUAUGCAUUGCAGCUUCAGGAGGCUGCGACGCAGAUUCAUCUACCGGAGGAUAAGAGCGCAAAUUUGAUUGCCUUUAAAAAACCUGGCGAACAACGUUCCGAGGACAGCCAUGUAAGUGGUGCUACUGAUGAUUCUGAGGUGACGGUAGGUUCUCCAGUGUUCCAUCAGAUGGGGAAUUUCCAAGGUAGGUGAAGAAGAUCAAAGAAACUGCAACACAAUUAGUUUGGCAGCCACCUUUUCAAGUUCUUCCUUCUGUUCCACAGAAGGCAGUUGAAGAAUUUACUGUGCAUUUUUUUUUCUUUUUUUUUUUUUUUAUCCUUUUUCCUUUCUUCGUAGAAUGUAUUCUGCAGAUAAAAUCAAUUUAUUCCA